AUGAAGAAUGGUGGAUUAAAUCCACAUACGCCCAUCCAACCAGUUGCAAACCCCUCCAUGUUGCCUGUUCAAGCGCAGGUCGCCAAAGGCCCGAAUCAGAGAAAGCUGUAUGUUAUUUUGGAACAGGCGUGCUUGGAAGCCUACAAGGUUUCGUCGGGUGGGAAGGGGAGGAAUGGCAAGGGGGAUGGAGAGGCAAAGUACACCCUUUUGAAUUGCGAUGAUCAUCAGGGAAUUUUGGCAAAAACAGGGAGGGAUAUUGCGGAUGCUAGGCCAGAUAUUACGCAUCAGACCCUGCGGGUUUCGGGUAGGGGUAUGGUUCAACUGUUGCACAAGCUCUCGAUUAGAGGUGUCAAUGGACCCGAAAAAUUGCUCAAGGUUAUCAAGAACCCAGUUGUCGACCAUCUUCCACCGAAUACUAUUCCUGCUACUACCCAGUAG